AUGGAGGGGCCUAAGAUGAGACGAAGACAAACACUUCUGACUGCACCAAUUAUGGGACUGCCUCUCUACCGCUCCCCCUCAAGCGAGGCCCUUCGCCGCCAGCUUGAGGCCGCAAACCAAGCGGCAAGUCAACAACAGCAACCUGACCCGCGCCGCGCAAGGUCCGGUGCCCCUCCCCCUCCUCUCCGUCGCGAAGAUGCCCAGCGGCUCUUCUCCCAAUCCCCCUUCGAAGCUGCAGCUGGUACACGAGAGCGGCCUAUUGAUCUAACACGCCGCUCCCUCGAAGUCGAGGCUCUACGUCGCCCUGCUCCCCCUUCCCGCUUUGAAGCCCCUCUUCCUUCAACCGAGGGCGAGGAGAGUGAUACGAUGGCAAGUGCCGUCUUGUCUAGAUACAGUCGGACAAGUCUCGACUCCAGCGAGUCGGCAACCCCUGCCGAAGAGGAAGAACUUCGUCUCCCGGACUACGGCACUCCGGACAUGGACUGGUCAACUCCCGAGAUUGAGGCGGCUAGCACCCCUCCCCGCCCUGAAGCCCAAGACUCCUCAACUGCCGCUCCCCACCAGCCGCAGCAGCGUCAGCAACAACAACAGGCAGGUCUGGCCCAAGCCGCCUCAAGACAGCAAGAGCGACAGGCAAGCGACGGCGGUCGUGGCGGCUUCGUCCAGGUUGUUGUGAGCCAGGACUCAGGCCUGGCGCAAGUGCAUGUCCAAGGCAGAGUGGAAGGUCAAGUCAUUCCUCCCUCGCGCCGUCUCCCUCCCCCUCUUCCUCGGCCGUCGGACGCGACGAUUCGGGGUGCUCGUCGGCAGAGGCUGGGGCAGUCGGCUAUGUCAACCCAGAGCACGGGCAGCACGACUACUUCUAGUCAAGGCACCGGAUGUAGUGGAAGCCGCUCGCCUCGUCAGUCGUCCCGGGUGCGUAGAGGUAACUGA